GCUGAUCAUCUCUUAGAUCAUCUUCUCCAAUGUACCAAAACGAUAAGCCAAGCAGAACCUUCCAGAACUUCCAGAAAAUACUCCAUUUAAAUCUCCAUUCCUUUUUAUAAGACUCUUCUCUUCAAAGUAAAAUAAAUAAAAGAAAACUCAGAGACGAAAAAAAGGAGAAAAAAUGGCGCUUUUUAGUGACCCAUUCAGACGAUUCUUAUUGAGUCCCACAAUUUUCCGCACCUCUUCUGGUUCUGCUGCUCUUCUGGAUUGGGUUGAAUCUCCUAAUGCACACAUCUUCAAAAUCAACGUCCCAGGGUAUAGCAAGGAGGACAUAAAGGUGCAAGUUGAAGAUGGGAAUGUACUAGUAGUGAAGGCGGUGGGUGGCGGCAAGAAAGACGAAUUCCAUGGAAAAGAGAAGGAGAUAGUGUGGCAUGUGGCGGAGAGAGGCGGAGGAAAGGGAGAUUUCUCAAGGGAAAUUGAGCUGCCGGAAAAUGUGAAGGUGGAUCAAAUCAAAGCUCAAGUGGAGAAUGGUGUUCUCACCAUUGUUGUACCAAAAGAUGCAACUCCAAAACCAUCUAAAGUUAGGAACAUUAAUAUUACCAGCAAGCUGUAAAAUCUUGGCUAUGGAACAAUGGAAAUAAGGAUGUUUUGUGUAGGUUGUGUUAUGGAAUUUGAUGAAUGUAAUAAAGUUGUUGUAGAAUAAUCAAACUUUUUGUAUCUAAGUUUAUGCACUUUAUCUAUAUAUCUUCCAUUUUUCUCUUUCCUAAUU